CAGAAAUCCAGAAACACUAUAAAUAGCUAGGUCCGGCCUUCCCUACCGAGAUAUUCAUGACAAGUUCUAUAGCCUCUAGGUUGGCUUUCGUGGUCCUCGUGUGCCUGGUGGUUGGUGCACCGUUAGCGUCCCACGCGGUCACAUGUGGCCAGGUGUCAGAAAGCGUGAGACCAUGCACAAUUUACCUGAGGAAUGGUGGGACCGUCCCUGCACCAUGUUGCAAUGGAGUCCGGUACCUUAGCAACUGGGCUAAGACCACCAUCGACCGCCAGUCCGUUUGCAGGUGCUUGGUUGCAGCUGCUCGAAGCAAUUGUGGACUCAAGCUUAACCUCGUGGCUGGUCUUCCAAUCAGAUGUGGUGUUAGGCUUCCUUACACGAUUAGUCCGGACACCAAUUGUGACGAGGUCCAUUGAAGUACUUGAAAUCUCAUGAAGUGUGCAACAGAAUAAAAUGGAUGUUUGUGAAGUACAUCCUUAUCAUGAAGAAUAACUUUGGUCUUAUAUAUAUAUAUGGU